CUCAGAAAGAGCCUCAUGGCAUGAUCAAACGGCAGUUCAAUAGUUCAGCACUUGUGCAGCUUAUAAGUAGGCUCCGAGAACACAUUCAAGAGUAGAGAACCAAUCAUGUCGGACUCGAACAGCUUGCCCACUUUCCUCACAAACACCGACCUCCACCCCUCUUUCGAUGCCGACAUCAAAGACGUCCAUCUAAUCUACGACUACGCCGCCCAAUCCCCCGACGGCAAACCAGAAAAAUGGCGCUAUGAGAUGUGGUUCCAAUCCUCCAACCGUAUAAACUACGCAAUCCACGGCGGCCCCAUGAAAGGACGCAUAAACUAUCAAACCUGCACAUACCAAUGCAUCCGCCCCCACGAACUCUGGCAAUGCAACUGGCUGGAAGAAACAGGUACAAUCUGCUCUCUGGUCUACGAUAUCAAGAAUAGCAAAAUAACCACAUUGAUUGCGUUUUCAAAGGGGCAUUGGGAGAAUGCCGAGCAAGCCAGAGGGGAUAAGAGGGAUGCAGAGGUUUUUGGGAGGUGGAGGGGUUUGGCGAAGCAGGGGUCGCAGGUGGAGAGGUUUAUGUUGAGUGAGCAGGCGGAUAUUUUGGAGUCGUUCAAGGGGAAGGGGGAUUUGGUGCCUGUUGAGGAGGGUGCUGAGACGUUUUAGAGGUGGGGUGUGUGAAGGUGGAGGAGAGUAGGGAUGCAUCGAGGGCGUUACAGAGUAGGCGAAUGUAGCUUGAAAAUGUGUCUCUUCUUCCCUUGCCGAUAUUUUUCAGUAGCUGCCGUGAGACUAACAGGCACUAUCUACUGGCAACCAACCUUGAAAGUAUCUUGCCUUUUGAUGACCCUUCCCACAGUAUCCCGUGCUGGUGAGAUAGCGAUAUCACCAUGCUUACGACGUCAGGGGACAAGAGCGGAGAGAUCGACGACAAUGAGGAAUUGGAUACGUGAAUAAAGCGACAGGACAAAGAGAUGAAAGCGAGAAGAUGAGAAAGAUUGUGCCAAAUCUGUCGAAAUACUUCGAGCAAUCCAUGUAGC